CGGCGGCGGCCAUCUUGCGGCCGGCGGGAUCAGCCCCGGGCCCUUACGGGAGCCGCGGGCCUGCGGAGACCCCCACCCGGGGAGGAGACGGCGGCGGCGCACGUGUGGCAGUGAGGCCGGCGUCUAGGCCAUAAUUGAUAAUGACAGCUCAAAAUGUUCCUGAGGAACAGACAUCAUGUGGCAUGGAAAUGGAAGGAUUUACCAGGGAGGCUUCCCAUUUCCCUGUGUUUUGUGACGAUUGGGAUUACAAAAACCAGGAAGGGCAUUUGAAGCAAUCAGUCUUAAUUCAGGAGAACCCAGGGACUUGUGAAGUAAUUUGUGAUUAUCCUGGAUUUGGGGAACAUUUUAAUGUAUGUUCAGACCGUGUGCCAUCUCCAAGAAUUUCUAUAGCAAAAGGCUUUCAUAUAUGUGACUCAGAUGUUAAAAGUAUGGAUUGUGAACCAAUCUUUAAUGCUUGUCAGAAAAGUUAUGCAUCUAAGAAAACUGGUGGCAGGAAUGUCUGUGGGAAAGCCUUCAUCCAUUCUAUGGAAAUGAUUCAGUUUGCAAGAAAUGAAACAAGAGAGAGACCUUGUAAGUACCCUGAUAAGUCUUUCAACCAUUUUGCCCCCGUUGGCGAACAAGAUGUCGUAAAAAUUGGUAAGGAACUUUAUGAAAGCAAAGACUUGGCAAAUAUCUUUCCCCUGAGUUCACCUCUUAAUGAAAAUGGCAAGAGUCACCCAGGAGAUAAAGUGUAUAAUUGCAGUGAAUGUGGUAAGUGCUUCAAACGGAAUUCUUCUCUUGUUCUACACCACCGUACUCACACUGGAGAGAAACCAUAUUCCUGUAAUGAAUGUGGUAAGUCUUUCUCUAAGAACUACAAUCUAAUUGUGCAUCAAAGAAUUCAUACAGGAGAAAAGCCCUAUAAGUGCAGUAAGUGUGGAAAAGCCUUUAGUGAUGGGUCAGCUCUGACACAACAUCAGAGGAUUCACACAGGGGAGAAACCCUAUGAAUGUCUAGAAUGUGGAAAAACCUUUAACCGAAACUCAUCCCUGAUUUUGCAUCAAAGGACUCAUACAGGGGAAAAACCAUAUAGAUGCAAUGAAUGUGGGAAGCCUUUCACUGACAUCUCCCACCUCACCGUGCAUCUCAGAAUCCACACGGGAGAGAGACCUUAUGAGUGUAGCAGGUGUGGAAAGGCUUUCCGAGAUGGCUCCUACCUCACACAGCACGAGAGGAUUCACACUGGAGAAAAACCUUUUGAAUGUGUGGAGUGUGGGAAAUCCUUUAACCGUAACUCUCAUCUCAUCGUCCAUCAAAAAAUCCACACUGGAGAGAAGCCAUAUGAGUGCAAAGAAUGCGGGAAGACUUUCAUCGAGAGUGCUUACCUCAUCAGGCACCAGAGAAUCCACACCGGCGAGAAGCCCUAUGGCUGUGACCAGUGUCAGAAGCUCUUCAGGAACAUUGCUGGCCUCAUCAGGCACCAGAGGACUCACACUGGUGAGAAGCCCUAUGAGUGUAACCAGUGUGGCAAAGCUUUUAGGGACAGCUCCUGUCUGACCAAGCAUCAGAGAAUUCACACCAAGGAGACUCCCUACCACUGUCCAGAAUGUGGUAAGUCCUUCAAGCAGAACUCUCACCUGGUGGUGCACCAGAGACUUCAUAACAGGGAGGGUCCCAGUCAGUGUCCUCAGUGUGGCAAAACAUUCAGGAGAAUUUCUUCCCUCAUCCGACAUAAAAAGAAACACCCUGGUGACCAUCCCAUGGAAACAUAAUGUCGGCCACACUUGUCCCUCAAAUUGCUCUCAAAAACUUGAGGAGGAGGAAUGUCUUUAGUGAUGAUGCCUCCUCUCAGUAGGAAAGGAUUAUUUAUGCUGCCCAGUAAACAUUCCUUAAUCAUAUUAAGUCUGUACUUUUGGAACCUCCUGGAGAGGAGGGAUGAACCAUUCUGUACCAGAUGCAAUGGCUCAUACACUGGAUUAUAACCUGUGAAUGUCAAGACGAAACUUUCCUGGAUACCCACCUCUUACAUCAGAAAGUUUAUCUACAAAAACCUGUGAAUAUGUUCAGUAAAUGAUAUGUCAUCAUACUGAUCAGAUCCACCAGUAAGAAGUGUCUACUUUGUUCUGCAUAAGUAAAUUUGCUAGGACCAAGUGUUAUCUGUGUUAGAAGCUUUUGGUAGUUCUUACUGCUUAUUAUUAUUAUUAUUCUACAUCAACAAAGACAUCUUGAUCAGAGACCCCAUGUCACUCCACCGCUUCCAGAAAUUUAAAAUACUGAUUGUGUUGUUUGAAUGUAUUUCUAGAUGCCGAGGACUCAUUUCAAAAAGCCAACUUCUGAACAAGAUUGCUGGUGAAUGAGCAGUGACAGGAAAGACUGAAAUGUGCUCAUGCUAAGAUGGAAAGUGCUACUGCUGAAAAAUGUGAUAAGUGGUUGUUUAAACAAGAUAGUCGUUAUGUUUACAUUAUUACUGCAUUGCUGUCCACUGAGGACACUUAUAACUUAUUACACAAAACUUUGUUGAACCAUGAUAAUAAAGGUGUUGUGAUCACAUUGGAAA